UAGCUAGGUUCUUUGUUUUUCUCUUUUAUUAUGUGGAAGAGGCGCAGUCACUUAACACUAGAAUCACCCUAGGAAUGAGGAUCGGAGGUGUAAAAAUAGCCAAACGGAGAGCAACCGUGAGAGGAUGGAUGUUUCACCAGGUGUCAACUAUUGACCUUGCAAUUCUAACUAUUUGACAAGUUCUAUUUGGAAACAUGGGGCUCUUCCAUUGCCCGGCUUUUUCUCAUCGUGUUGCCCUCGUCCUCUCUCCUCCUUUCCCCUUAGUCACGCCAUUUUUGGCCAUUUCAAGCUUACAAAGGUACGACCGUUUCUCCACUCCUCUUGGUUUUGAGACACGCAAACAAGACUAUGAUAUAUUGAUGCCUGUGGCUGUGGUUGUGAAGCAACCAUGAACUGAUCUCACUGGGUUCGAGUAGAAGCAGCCCAUGGCCACCCGGCCGUCGCCGCGGUCGAGCGACGGUACGCGCCCAAGAAGCAAGAGCGGGAGCGGUAGGCCCCCGUCGAGCCCGCGCAGCUCCGACUCGUCACGCCAGACCACCGGCCGCUCAUCCGCGGCGUCCGACAAACCGAUGCCGUCCUUCCUCCGCCCCACCGUGAGCUCGUCCCUGCACAGCUCCUCCUCAUCGUCCUCAUUGUCGUCAUACUCCUCCUCCUCCAAGGGACCCGCCGCCACGGCGAGGCGGUCCGCCGACAAGGCCCCGGCGCAGCCACUGGGCGCGCCGCGGCCGAUCACGCCCAAGGACACGACUAAGGCCAAGGCGCCGGCGGUGAAGUCCACGUCGCGGUGGUCCUCUGUGUUACCGAGGCAGCUGGUGCAGAAAGCGUCCAAUGCCAUCAAAGCCAGCAGCAAGUCCCGCGGCAAGAAGAUCAAGGAGGUGGCGAGCUCUGGCACCGCCGCUUCGGCGUCCGGCAAGGAGGGAGCCGGUGCUUCCGCCGAGGCCAAGGGCGAGACGGCGAGAGCCCAGCCCGUCGACGAGCAGCACCAGCAGCCUGAGACAACUGCCGAGUCGCCUCCUGCAGUGCAAGAAGAGGAGGCUGCUCUGGAGCCCAAAGCUGAGGAAAACGAACAGCACGUGGCGACGUCGCAGGAGGUUGUCAGUAUUGACAUCACGACCGUGGAGGAGAGAGAUCAAGUGGACAAGGUUAGUGCAGAACAGCCGAAGGAAGAAGCAGAGAAGGAGGAGGCCGCCGAGGAGGAGAAGAUCGUACCGGAGGAGGCUGAACCAAUGGAGGAGAGAGAUCAAGUGGAGAAGGUUAGUGCAGAACAGCCGAAGGAAGAAGCAGAGAAGGAGGAGGCCGCCGAGGAGGAGAAGAUCGUACCGGAGGAGGCUGAACCAGUGGAGGAGAGAGAUCAAGUGGAGAAGAUUAGUGCAGAACAGCCGAAGGAAGAAGCAGAGAAGGAGGAGGCCGCCGAGGAGGAGAAGAUCAUACAGGAGGAGGCUGAACCAGUGAAGGUCGAGACGCCGGAGCCGAAGCUGCAAGAAGAGACGCCGCAAAGUUGUGCGGUUGCGGAGACAGAGGGCCAGCAGAACACAGAAGAUGAGUCACCGGCCGUCGUUCUAGAAGAAGCGGCGAAGGAGGCAGCAAUUCCGGGAGGAGAACAUGAAUCGGCCACAAGCACGGUGGAAGAGACUGUGGUCGAGGAGACCAAGGCCGAGGAGAGGCAACAAGAAGAGGCUCCGAAACUCGAAGAGACCAUGGAGAACUCUGAAACGAGCGUGAUCUCUAAAGAACCGAAGGAAGAAACCAGUGUGAUCUCUGAAGAACCAAAGGAAGAAACGAGCGUCAUCUCUGAAGAACCAAAGGAAUAUCCUACGCCUAUCGAGAAGCAAGAGGAGGUUGCCGAGGAGGCAAAGAUAGCUGUGGGAUCGAGCGCGUCAGCUCCAACAACGCCGCAGAAAGAAGCUCUCGAGGACGUGGAGACAGUGCCUAAACAGGUGAGUGCUUCGGAGCCCGUAACGCCGAUUACAGAAGCCAUUAGCAAGGACAAGGCGGUGAUCGAGACGCUGCUGAGCGCAUCAGCACCAGCGACGCCGGCGAUUGCAGUCGACAAGGGCGGGGCGUCAAAGCAGACGACGGUCCCCGAGGAGUCGAAGCUAACGUUCAAGGGGAGCAAGGUGAAGACGGCCAUGGAGAAGCGGUCGGACGAGGAGCAGCCCAAGAAGAAGGAGGUGGCGCGGAGUAACGACGUGAUCGAGGAGGCCAAGAGCAAGCUGCUGGAGAAGAAGAAGAGCAAGGUGAAGGCGCUGGUGGGGGCCUUCGAGACCGUCAUGGACAGCCCGGGCAAGUCAAGCUGAUUGAUUUGGAGGGAAGGUUGAGUUGUGAUAUGUGGUUUGACUUGUGUGGUGUUUGAUAUUGGAUGGUGAGGUAUUCCGGUUUGUUGCUUUCUAGUUUGUUGAUCAUUGAUUCUUGUGAUUAUCACUUAAACAAACGAAGAUGUUAUUGCUGAUUUGUUUAUUUCAUCAUUUACCUGUUGUUUAUGUGGAGAUAA